GAAGCGAUGAGCUUGGAGAAUCUGCAAAAUGAGUUCUUUGGUACCGCUCCAGUAAUAGAUAGUACAUGCAUGCUUGAUAUAAAUUCAGAAAUAAAUAGUCAGAGUACGUGUGAUAAAUCUCCCAGCAAUUACGAUCCUUUAUCGAAUAUCAAAGCGCUGAAAGGUUUCAAAAUUGCGGCCCUUAAUAUUGCUAGUCUUGUAAGCCACAUAGAUGAAUUAAAAAUG